CACAUGCCUAAAAGCACUUCAAUAGAGAGGGGGGAAAAGAUAGAAAAGAAAAGUAGCUACAAGCAUAACAAGUACUUUUAAGAUGGCAAAAUUAACCAAUGCUAUGUGGUGCAUGAUUGUUGUCUUGUUUGUUGUUUUUUCUCCAUUAACCCUAGAAGCAACAUCACCACCAUAUGUACUUGAGCCAACACCCGCACAAGAAGCAACAUCACCAUCAUAUGUACUUAAGCCAACACCCAUAGAAGAAGCAACAUCACCAGCAAUCUCACUAGAUUUGUCUACUGCGAGUCGUAGCACUCGUGUCUCUAUCGCAAGUUGCGGCUUUGGUUUGUGCAAGAAAUUCAAGUGUUGCAGAUGCCAGCCAGAGUUUCCGUUCCUAUGCAUCUCUUGUUGCACAAAUUGAGAGUGAAAAUAAUAUUUAAUUUACCAUGUCAUUGUUAGCAAUGAGUACACAUAUUUUUUGUUGCCAAUAAAAGUAUGUGUACUUUUAGCUUUUUAUUUGAUAAAAAGCACUAAUAAAUAAUUAUUA